AUGCCUCGCAAACGACAACCAUCGACCCAACCCCGUGCCUCCCAAGCGCAACGAAAGGCAAUCAAAAGGCACCAGAGGCUCAACAUCCUACUCACCACCGAGAACGCCCGCCUACAAGCCCAAGCGGACUCGAACUUACAGGAACUCUCGACCCUCCGCGAGCUCAAGGCGUCCUUCGAGCAAGCGAUCACUUGCACCGCCCAAACCGUCGCGCAGAUCCUCAACUACUGCGCCGAGCAAUGGGUCAUGAUGGACGAGGAGAAGCAGAUACAGGCGGCAACGAUCCGGGCACUCGAGGCGGACGGACAAUGGCGGCGGCUGAUGACGGAGUACGCGCAGCAUAGGAUCGGGGCGGAGACGAAAGUGUUGCGCGGGGUGCUGGAUGGGUCGGGGUUUAAGUUGAUUCCGGCGGAGAGGGUGGUGCAGGUGUUGGAGGAGGUAGGGGUGAUUCUUGCGGAUGAGAAGAGGGAGGAGGGUAGGGAGAUGGAGGAGGAGUGAUUGAUGGAGUGCUUCUUGGGAUGUGCAAUAGACGAAUAUUGAUAGGGGUUGCUAUUGACCU